AUUAUUUAACAAUAUGUGACAUUCGUAACAUAUGCGUAUAUUUUUAUUUUAUUCCUGGUGUGAAGCUAUGACUUUAAUUUCAGUUAUGUGAUAAUGAAUAAUAUUUUUAAAUCUGUACACAAUAUUAUUUCGUAAAGUCUAUUCAUUAAUUUUAAGCUAUGUGUUAAAUUAAACAAUAUGGGAAAUCAAGGUAGUCGCAAAAAAUUAAGUCAAAACGGUGAUGAAGAUAAGGAGUCUGAAGGAAAAGCGGAAAAUGAGAUUCCGAAAAGGGGAAUCCUGAGAUCGCCUUCUGGUGCAGACUUUCAGGAUCUCGUAUCUACUCAAUUAAUGCCAAUUAAUAAACUAGCUCAGAUAUUGAUUCAAAAGUCUCAAGAAGAAGAGGGUAUCAAGGGCGUUGCUAAAAAGACAUUUGUGAAAUACGUUUUUCCUCGCUACCCUGAGUUAGGCGAGCGUCUCUAUUCAUAUCUUCAUUCCAAUUCUAAAGCUCAGACUGAACAUUUAGGUGAACUUGCAUUCCGUCAACAAUGUGAAAGAUUUCUUGGGAUAUUGAAUGAUACGGUAAUAUUAGAAGGAUAUAUUAAAAUGUUUUCUGGAACUGCUUCUUCAGAUAGUAUAACACCAGAUGGUUUAAGAGAUUUACUUAUGACGUGUUACAGACUUGCGAUGGAUCAUUAUUCUGGUGGACCACAGACAUGUCUUUUAAUUCAUCGAACUUUGUCUGCAGUUGUUGACUCUUGUUUCCACUCAAAAACAUCAUUAAGUCCCGGUUAUGUUGUGCACUGGUUAGAGCAGAAUUGUCCUAGACUUGUACCACCUGUUCAUAAGUACUGCAUUCAUGCUUUAAGCACAUCAUACAGAGGUAUUGACACACAUGAGGAGGGCUUGGGUUUGGAAUUAUCCACACCUAUUUUGGAUAAACCAAAUCCAUUUGGAAAAAUGGUUGAACCUCCACUAUUACCUGUAUCGCUUGCAUGGUUACUAGCAGGUGCAUUACCGCCUCUAUAUUCUAAGCCAGUCAAAGCUUCUAGUCCUAGCGAUUCUGGAGUUAAUUUAGCCUCACAAGCAUUCAUGGCCAAAUUACUAUCUGUUGUGCCUUCUCAUUGGGCAUUACUUUAUGAUUCAAGGGAACACGGUUUGGGAAUGAAUAGAUUUUUGCAUCAUGUUUUAUCAUAUAAGGGUCCUACUCUAGUCUUAAUGCGCAGUGAAGAGGGGCAUGUAUUUUGUAUUGGAUCUCCUUGCGAAUGGAAGGAAAGUCAUCAAUAUUGGGGCACACCAGAGAGUUGUGUCAUAAAACUACUACCAAAAUUUUCUCUUAUUGAAAAGGGUCCAAAAAUGCUGUACUUAAAUACAUUAAUCAGAGGAUAUCCAAAAGGUUUACGUGCUGGCUCUGAUCCUAGAAAUCCUAUAAUCAGCAUUGAUGAAAGUUUUGAUAGAGUUAACUAUCAAAAAAUUCCUUACGGCUUGGUAUUUGUUGAGGUAUGGGGUUGUGGCGAUCAACAAUCUCGACAAGUUCAAUUAGACAUUAAAAAGUGGCAAGUAAAGGAAGCUGAACGUCAAAGACAAGUAAAAUUAAGUGCUGCAGAUUGGAUUGAUCAUCCAGAUAGAUAUCUGUUAGAAUUAGCAGGUCGACCACAGUAUAACAACAGUGCAAACUAAUAUAGAACACAUUUUUGUUGGAUUCAAAUAAUAUAUUGUUGAACAAAAAUAAUGUAUACAUUCAACAUAAAAAGUACUUAGGCUUUGUGCAAUAAAAUACUUAAAAUAAAUUCCAAAUAAAAUUGAAAGAAAUUUAAAUCAUAAAAGUUUGAUUUGUGUACUUAAAUAGUUAGAUAUUUAUAAGUUGUAGUAUUAUUUGUACU